AAACUAAAAGAACAUAUGACCAUAUAAGGAGUGUAUAUAUUAUUCCCUGGGGGUGGUGCUGAAAGAACAGCUCCCACUAAACACGACUGCUUUUAAUAGCGGUCCCCUGUGGCGGCUUUUCCACGAGACCCUCUUUAGCUGGACAGAGGGCAGUCAUGACAAGUCAUGAAUCAACAAAGUUCCCAUACACGAACCGGAGAAUUGAAACCUGAGGGACAUUUGGUGGCGACUAUGAGAAGAUGAAGAGGCAAAACGUGCGGACACUCGCCUUAAUUAUCUGCACUUUGUCCUAUUUAUUAAUGGGAGCGGGAGUCUUCGACGCUCUGGAGUCAAAGCAGGAGAAGACCCAAAAGGGCAAACUCGACUAUCGAAAAUUUCAACUCAUGUAUAAAUAUAACCUUACAAGAUUUGACUUCGAUCAAAUCGAAAAGGUUGUUUUGCUUCUGAAACCUCACAAAGCCGGAGUCCAGUGGAAGUUCGCCGGGUCUUUUUACUUCGCCAUCACUGUAAUAACGACCAUAGGAUAUGGUCAUGCUGCUCCCAGUACGGAUGCUGGGAAAGCUUUCUGUAUGGGGUACGCACUUCUGGGCAUCCCCCUCACCCUGGUGAUGUUCCAGAGCCUGGGCGAACGCAUCAACACCUUCGUCCGCUUCCUGUUGCACAAAGCCAAAAAAUGCAUAGGCCUGCGGCGCACAGAAGUUUCAAUGGCCAACAUGGUGACCAUCGGAUUCUUCUCCUGCAUCAGCACCUUGUGCGUGGGAGCAUUCGCCUUCUCCCACUAUGAAGGUUGGAGCUUUUUCCAUGCUUUCUACUACUGCUUUAUAACCCUAACCACCAUCGGUUUUGGGGACUACGUGGCCCUGCAAAAGGAUGAUGCCCUCCAAAACGACCCUCAUUACGUGGCCUUUAGUUUUGUCUACAUCCUGAUGGGCCUCACAGUUAUCGGUGCUUUUCUUAACCUAGUGGUGCUACGGUUCAUGACAAUGAAUACGGAGGAUGAGAGAAGAGAUGCAGAGCAGAGGGCCCUCCUUUCCAAAGAUACUCAGAAAGCCCCGCCUCUGCGCUGCACAGACCCUUCAACCCCCGUUGCCAGGGGCCAGGACAAAAGACGAGGGUUGAAGAGCGUCUACGCUGAGGUGCUUCACUUCCAGACAGUGUGCUCCUGCCUGUGGUACCGAAGCCGAGAGAAAAUGGUGAUCCUCCCGCAGGAUCUGUCCUUCACUGAUGCUCUAAUGGAGCAAGGAGAUGUGUCACCCCAUGACUUCUUUGAGUCUGACCCCACAGGCUGCGUGUGUAACCCUCAGCGCUGCUCAACCAUUAGCACUGUGUCUGCUGAUCUGAAAAACAUCUCUCCAUUCAGGCUCUUCUCAAAGAGACGUAGAUCUGUCUGAAUCACCUCAGUUUCUUAUCAGGAUUGUUGAUGUUUAAUGAAUUAUUUUUCAUGUAAAGAUGAUGGAGCAGCACACCCAAGGUUGAGAUGAAAUUUAGGAAAUAAUUUGAUGGGUGUUUUGCAUCUUUAACCCUUUACAGAUACUCACUAUUUGAUAAUUAUUAAUAUAUUAAACUUGACUUCUGCAUUAGGUAGUUCAAUGACAUAUACAUAAUACAUGUACAUAUACAUAUACAUAUACAUUCAGGACAUGGUCAGCUGGUCAUGAUCACUGCCAUUUUUUUUUCUUUUUGAAUGAAUUGUUUUAAACUAAUUUUUGGACAAUUGGCAGCCAUUAAGUAUGUGACAUGCCAAGACAUUGUAGCCAGACUGUAUUCACUUCAGCACUGUAAUAAGUCCACUAUCAUACAGUAUGCUGUGCUAGACUUUAGUAUGGCAAACAAUAUGAAACACCUACUAGUUUUGAAGAUAAAGUUACAGUACGACCUUGGCUUGAACUACAGCAGUUAUCGCAUACGGACCCUCCAAGUGCUCUCAGUACUGAUCUGGACAUCGUGUCCUGUGUAUCCCCUAUGACUCAGAGAGGGCUUGCUGUUUGGACCACACGGGACCGUGUGUCAUUUUCACGUCCCGCCAAGGAGAAAGCGCUCUGUGUCCAAGACUUUGCCUUUGGCUAUUAGACCUGCAUGACACACAGUGACAGAAGGAAGUGCAUUACAACAAAUGCCUGCAUUUCCCUCCCAUGGUGGCAGCAUCUGUUGCUUUUCCUUAGUUAUUUUUGGUUUUGGUUUGGCAUCUAUAUCUAUGAGAAAGGUAAGAAUAUCUUUGGCCAGAAGGUCAAAGGGGUGUAGGACAUAAUGUAUAUUUAUGUUUCUAUUUAUGUGUUUACUAAAGAAAUCAGGGCAAAAAUACCUGUUUGCUGAUUUGUUUGCUUCAAAUUUAGAUUUAAAUUAUAAGGAUUGAUAAAAAUUAAAUUGCGGCAGUAAGAUUUAAUAUGCAGUUUUACAUAAACCUUGUACUGUAAAAUGUAUUAUUAAUGUAAAGCCAACAAAUAAAAUAAAAGUUUAAUAUUCUUUCCAA